UGACUUCUUUUCGAGCACAUGGCAAAUCGAGAGUAGGGAGCCAUGUCGAGAGUUGUGUGCAGCAAAACGUACCAGACGCCGCGGCGUCCGUUCGAGAAGGCUCGGCUGGACCAGGAGCUGAAGCUGAUUGGCCAGUACGGGCUGCGGAACAAGCGCGAAGUCUGGCGGGUGAAGUACACCCUCGCCAAGAUCCGCACAGCAGCUCGUGAGCUCCUGACGCUGGAGGAGAAACAUGCGCGCCGUCUGUUCGAGGGAAACGCUCUGCUGAGGCGACUGGUGCGCAUAGGAGUGCUGGACGAGUCUCGCAUGAAGCUUGACUACGUGUUGGGUCUGCGGGUGGAGGAUUUCCUGGAGAGACGGCUCCAGACUCAGGUCUUCAAACUAGGGCUUGCCAAGAGCAUCCACCAUGCUCGCGUCCUCAUCAGACAACGUCACAUCAGGGUCCGAAAGCAGAUUGUGAAUGUUCCAUCAUUUAUUGUGCGUCUGGACUCUCAGAAGCACAUUGAUUUCGCCCUCACAUCGCCAUUUGGCGGCGGCAGACCUGGCCGCGUGAAGAGAAAGAACAUGAGGAAGGCAGAGGGGCGUGGAGGAGGAGACGAGGAAGAGGAGGAAGAAGAGGGUUAAUUAACGACAGACAAUUCUCUAGCCUGUAGUUUCCGAUUUACAAGCUCUGUGAUCUUUACAAAGACAAAUGUGGACGUUCUUUGUGACCUCAAUAAAUGUGCAGAAACUAUAUGUGCUCGUAUACUGAUAGAUAAAAGAUAGGGUCCCGACAGAAGGUGUAUAGAUUACGAUACAGAGUGUGUACGUGGAGCUAUUAUUGCAAAACGUGUGUGGAGGAGCUCUAUUGGUUCGCCAGAUCUUUGCCAGUUUGCACUGCCACAUGCUCCAGGUACUCCGGUAGAGACUUGAUUUGUGCCGUGGUGUUCUGGAAGAAAUGCGAGCUGCUCUGAGACAACAGCCGCAGAGCCUGCCAGGCAAAGUUGGGGUUGUUGAUGACCUUGUAUUCCGGCUCGAUCUGGGCACCAGGAUCGGCCUGCUCCACCGAUUCGGUGAUAAACUUCUGGGGAUUUGGGAUGAAGUUUCGAGACUUCUUGCGGCAGGCCUCCAGGUUGUCCGGGCAGAGGUUCCACAGCCGAGUCAGCUCAGCGUUUCCGAGAUCAUGUCUCUGUCUGCUGGCACUCGCGUGUGUCUCCCCCAGGUGUUCCCUGGGUGGGUAGGGGGGAGGGGCUGAGUCGUGUGAGGUUGCCAGCGGCGGUUUCUCGUAGGAGAGACACCCGUCAUUUUUCCAGGCCACCCAGUGUUUCUCCCUCAUCAAGAUGUGGCGGACAUAGUCAGUAAAUUCUGCUCCCUGCGGUGGGGUUUCCUCUAGUAGUUUGUACACGUUCUCUGUCACCUCUUUAACCCACACCGUCUGGCUCUCCUGGAGGGUGUGAGACGAAGACUUGAAUUUCACGUCUCCCAGGAGGUAGUGGAAGAGAACCAGGAGCUGCAGGAGAACGUGUCGACGGAAAUGGCUGUCGCGGAGCUGGAGGUUCAUCAGCUUUUCGCUGGUGAGGAAGUUGGCGAAAUAGUGGGACUCAGAGUAGCCCACAAGGGUCGCCGGUCUCUGGUUCUUUCGGCGAGAGCUCUGCACGUCUUCCAGUUUGAAGCUGGAGAAGGUUCGCAGGACUUCUUCCACGUUUACCGUGAGGACUUUCCAUUGCUCGGGGGUGUAGCACUGCGUCGGCUGGCAAAAGAUCUCUUGUAGUGCCCAUAGCUUGUGGUAGAGGUUAAAGUCCACGGGGAGAGAAGAAUCGUCCGAUUGCGCGUCGACUUCCAUCACCUCUCCCUCGUCCUCCCCGCCGGGCGUGUCCUCCAUGACCACGCCCUGCCCCGCCUCCUUGUUGUAGGUGGUGACGUUGUCCAGGUUGAAGUGGCUCAUGAGGUUCAGGGCCGAUUUCUCCGAGAGCGGGAAAAGUCGUGCCAGAAAGAGCUGGAUUCGGCCGCAGAAUAUGGUGUUCUGCGAGGAUGAGAGCCGUCGCAGGAGGUCAUUGGACAUGCGCAGGAGGAGGUUCUUGCCUGAGGAGUAGAACUCGGGCUGUAUCCACGUGGACACGCGGUCCUCCACGAACUUAAACACCGUCUCGCACAUGUCCAGCGUAAGACACUCCAGCACGUCGCUGAGGAUUAUGAACGGGAGAGUGUAGUGGCAGACGCCUUCCUGCGCGGAGCUGAUGGCUAGCAGUACCAGACCGGUGCAGCGGGCCACCUCCAGAUCCGCGCCGUCCGCGGGGGAAACUAUUCCUCCGAGGACGUCACGAAACGCUUGCUCGAGUAUCGACUUCUUGUCUCCUUCGUUCGUCUCCGACUCCCGAAACAGCGCCUUCAGGGCCUCCACCCGCCCCUCUUCCUCGGGCCGCCUGAUGCACUCGGCGAACAGCUCCCGCAGCUCCAGGCUCCCUGGCUUUAUAGUUACUUCAUCCAUGGUUCUCAAUCAGUAGGGCUCUA